AUGAUGCAGACGCCGUCGAAGAACAUCAAGAAGAUCUCGGGUCAACAAGUGCGCAUGAAAGACUCCGUCGAGAAGCAACUGCUAGUGUUGAACUUCUUGGACAACCUCGAGGGCAAGACGCCUGCGAAGCAGACGAAGAGUCGCAGCAAAGAGGCCUGCGACAGCGAGCUCGAGCACGCUUCCGACGAGCCCGGCUUUGAGAUCGGCGAGAAAGAAGAGCUUAAUCGGCACGCCAUGAAGUAUUCAGGUUGGCGCAAGAGUUCAUGCCUCCAGUACAGACCUGCCCGCGACGGGCUUACGCCGGAGUUGUUUCAGUCUCUUCUAGACUACGCAGAGGAGACACAUUUCGUGAAG